AUGUACAGGACAUUGUACUUCAGGUACAAUGCCCAAAAGAAAUAUGAAGAUGCACUUGAACUUCUAUACACUGGUUCCCUGACAUUGUUAAAACACAAUCAGCAAAGCAGUGGAACAGACUUAGCCUCACUUUAUAUAAACACAUUACAAACUUCUGGUUCUCCAGUGUCUGAUGAACCUGUCAGCAAAAUAGCCAAUCUUUUUGAAUGUAUGGAAGCGGAUAACCCUGAACGGCAGACAUAUCUUUUGGAAUGUAUCAAUUGGUCAAUCAAAGUUGACCCUAUAUACAAAUCAGGACAUCCCGUUUUACAUAAAAAGUUUGGACUCAUUUUUUGGACAGAGAAGAACUAUGCACAAGCCAGGUAUCAUUUUCUUCACUCAACUGAUGGUGCCAGUACCGCUGCACUUCUUAUAGAGUAUCAUGUCUCACAAGGAUUUCCUACAGAAGUGGAUUUAUUUAUUGCCCAGGCUGUGUUGCAGUUCUUGUGCCUCCAAAAUAAAGAUACUGCCAAUGUUGUCUUCAUGAAGUACACCAAAGAACAUCCAGAUCUCAAAGAAGAUCCUCCCUUUUUUAAACCAUUACUCAAUUUCAUAUGGUUUCUUCUAUUGGCACUGGAAACUGGUAAAGUUAGUGUUUUCACUGUAUUAUGUGAAAAGUAUGAAACCUCAAUAAACAGAGACCCCACAUACAAAGAGUAUCUUGAUAGAAUAGGUCAACUUUUCUUUGGACUACCGCCACCUAAGCAUUCACCCCAUGGAAUGUUUGGGAAUAUACUUCAAAGUUUGUUCAGUGGUGAUGAUUCUGAUCUUGAUUCGGCUAUGGGUAGUAGUGGACUUGAGGUUACCACAGAAGAACUGGAUUGA